UUCAGAAGGGCGGUUUUGGGGCAGUUCUACGCAUGCGGACACAUUGUCGCACCGUACUUGGAAGAAUGCAUACAUGAGAAAUACAGACAGAUAAUGAAGCUCAACAAACAAAAAUCUUCAAAAGCAGAAAGGGAAUUUGGAGGGACUCUGGGUGCGACGUGCAUCCCAGUCUUCUUGCCCCUGACGGUGCUCUACCUGCUGUGUGUGUGUCGUUCUCCUGCGGCCAGUGUGCUCCAGUGGCCCCCUGUCCUGCCCCCCACAGCCCAGCUAUGGGACCCACUGGCUCCUAUACUCCUACUGGCCUGGAUUGCCUUCCAGAGCUUCCUUUACCUUCUGCCUUUGGGGAAGGUUUCUGAUGGGAUGGUGCUAAAAAAUGGAUCAAGACUCAAGUAUCGCAUAAAUGGUUUUCAGGCCCUUUGUAUCUCAGGGGUGCUGGUGACUUUAUCACUAUGGCUUGGGAUGCCUCUGGGGUACCUCUUUGAGCUUUUGUUGCCCAUGGCAGUGUGUGCCAUUGGAGGUUCCUUCCUCCUCUCGCUCUACCUCUACAUACGCUCCUUCUGGGCCCCCCACCAUGCCCUUGCCCAGGGGGGAAACACAGGAAACCCCCUGUAUGACUUCUUUAUGGGACGGGAGCUGAACCCGCGGAUCGGAAGUUUUGAUCUGAAGUAUUUUUGUGAGCUGAGACCAGGUCUGAUUGGCUGGGUGGUGAUUAACCUUGGGAUGCUGAUGAAAGAGGUGGAGCUACGAGACUCAGCCUCCCUAGCCAUGAUACUGGUGAACAGUUUCCAGCUGCUGUAUGUGGCAGACGCUCUGUGGAAUGAGGAGGCUGUGCUGACCACCAUGGACAUAGUGCAUGAUGGUUUUGGGUUUAUGUUGGCCUUUGGGGACCUUGCCUGGGUUCCCUUCACAUACAGCCUCCAGGCUGCCUUCCUGGUUGUGCACCCGCAGUCCCUUGGUCCUGUAGGAGCUACAGCUAUAGUCAUGCUUAAUUCUGCUGGGUAUUAUGUCUUCAGAAAAUCCAACUCCCAGAAGAACCAGUUCAGACGGGACCCUACGCAUCCCAGUGUUGCAAACCUGGAGACCAUUGCCACCGCAACAGGGAAGCGCCUUCUGGUCUCCGGCUGGUGGGGCCUUGUCCGCCAUCCCAACUACUUAGGAGACCUUCUCAUGGCCCUGGCAUGGUCCCUGCCGUGUGGAUUCCACCAUCUUCUGCCCUACUUCUAUGUUGUAUACUUCACUGUCUUGCUUAUUCACCGUGAGGCUCGUGACGAGAGACACUGCAGGGCUAAGUACGGCGUUGCCUGGGACACCUACUGUAGACACGUACCCUACCGGAUUCUCCCCUAUAUUUACUGAGCUGAUCUGGACCCAUGCAGUCAGGGAAGAGACCGGGUUGAAAAGGAUGCAUACAGGGACAGACAACUUUGUUAAGUAGUGUUUUUUUGUAAACCCCACUGACAAGACUGAACAAGAACUAUGGAAAUGUUGUAAAGAUGAUCUACGUUAGAAGUGAUGGCUGUGGGAGGACAUGAUACGUCCGAGUGGAUGAACUGGCCAGGUGAGCUGAUGCUUUGGCCCAGCAGCUUUACCAGUUGUUCACAGUAGGGAUAUGUGUCUAUAUAUGUGAGUCUCUAACACCAUUAGUCUUGGUCAUUACCCUUGAUUCUGAUCCAUCCUUACUUUGGCCAGAUUGGACAAAACUGACUUGGUUUCAUAGACACAUUCCUACUAGUCCUGGAUGAAAAAAGCAUGAAGAAUGUAGAAUCUCCGAUUCAAGGGCUUUUUAUUCCAGGAUGCUUCAUCUCUUUCUGGGAAACCAGACAGAAAUAGGAAUUUGUUCCUUAUUGACUUGCCUGGUAAAAUAAAGGAUAAAAUAAUAAAGCCCUUUGUUUUAAAUAAAACAACGAUUUGUAUGUGUGAUAUAUAGGCUGCACCAACCUAAAUUAUAUAAAAUUAUCAUAGCAAUUUAUGAAUGUAUUAAAAUUUGUGGCAUGUUUGACUAUUUCUUUAAACAGGAAUGUCAUCUGUUUUUACACAUGGCCUUAUUUUCAGUUUAUUUUAAAAAAUGUAUUUACAUUACUUGCCAAGCAUGUUAGAGUUUUACAUGUUUUGGAGAAGAAUAUGGUUCUUAAUAUUUAUAAUGUAGUCAUUCCUCAAUAGGUACCAGUGAUGGGGACAAGAUGGUCAAACAAAAGAAUAAAUAAACAU